AUGGCGCAGUCUGUUCAUUCUGCAGUCACCACCUACAAGCAAAAGAGGUUCGACACUGCGGCGCUCGAAGCGAUGAAAGCAUACGACGCGCGAGUCCAGAUUGUGCCCGUGGAGGCGAAGCUCAACGGCACCGACAAGGCAAUCAUUGCUAAGAAUCCUCGUCAAUUCAACUUCAGCCUCUGGAGCGGACUACCGAACGCUUGGAUCGAAGAGUGCUUUGGAGAAGAUCUCGGCAAACGACUUGUUAAGAUCAAGUUGAUCAAAGUGGAGCUCCAUCCAGUGGAGCAGCCUCCAGUCCCCCUGCCGCCCUACUUGGAUGUUCAGAUAGCGGAAGCAGCUGGCUUCCAUCGAGCCAUGAACAUCUGGAGCAAUCUGCCUCGCCAGGGUAUAUUCUUCAGCGACGCCCAGAGCGACCUGCGCCGUCAGGCCGCCAAGCUAGCCGACUUACUCGCGCCUUACAACAUAGAGGAUCCCAGUUCCCUGCCUGGCAAGUUCAGCGGUUUCCAGAGUGGGCUCAGGUGUCCGAACCGGCUUAGCCUUCAAACAGCUGGACCAAGGGAUCUUGUACCGCAAAUCAGUUACUACGAUGAGUUCUUGAACAUCUUGAACAGGAGCUAA